AUGGGGGUUGGAAAAGUGGUAGAUAGAUGGGCUGGGCCUCCCCAUUCACUAUCUUCUCUUCCCUCUACAGCACUGGGACCUGGAGUCAAACCUCCCAAGCCAGGUGCUGGACUCCUUGGGGCAUUUGGGGCAGGUCCUGGAGGGCUCGCAGGUGUUGGCCCCGGGGCAGGGCUCGGUACCUUCCCUGCAGGGACCUUUCCGGGGGCUCUGGUGCCUGGUGGAGCGGCUGGUGCUGCUGCAGCCUAUAAAGCUGCCAAGGCUGGCGCCGGGCUUGGUGUUGUCCCAGGAGUUGGUGGCGUCCCAGGAGUUGGUGGCGUCCCAGGUGUUGGUGGCUUAGGAGUGUCUACAGGUGCAGUGGUUCCUCAGCCUGGAGCUGGAGUGAAGCCGGGAAAAGUGCCAGGUGUGGGGCUGCCAGGUGUAUACCCAGGUGGCGUGCUCCCAGGCACAGGAGUUCGGUUCCCCGGUGUGGGAGUGCUCCCUGGUGUUCCUACUGGAGCAGGAGUCAAGCCCAAGGCUCCAGUUGGAGCUGGAGCUUUUGCUGGAAUCCCAGGAGUUGGACCCUUUGCGGGACAACAACCUGGAGUCCCACUGGGGUACCCCAUCAAGGCCCCCAAGCUGCCCGGUGGCUAUGGACUUCCCUACAGCACCGGGAAACUGCCCUUUGGCUAUGGGCCUGGCGGAGUGGCUGGUGCAGCGGGCAAGGCUGGUUACCCAACAGGGACAGGGGUUGGCCCUCAGGCAGCAGCAGCGGCAGCAGCUAAGGCAGCAAAGUUUGGUGCCGGAGCAGGAGUUCUCCCUGGCAUUGGAGUGGGCGGCGUUCCUGGGGCAGCUGGUGCAAUUCCUGGGAUUGGAGGCAUCGCAGGCGCUGGGGCCCCAGCUGCAGCCGCAGCUGCCGCAGCCGCCGCCGCUAAGGCAGCCAAAUAUGGAGCUCCUACAGGCUUAGUGCCUGGUGGGCCAGGCUUUGGUCCAGGAGUAGUUGGUGUCCCAGGAGCUGGCAUUCCAGGUGUCCCAGGUGCUGGGAUCCCAGGUGCUGGGGUUCCAGGAGUUGUCUCUCCAGGAGCUGUGUCACCAGCUGCAGCUGCGAAGGCAGCCAAAUACGGGGCCGGGGCUGGAGUCGGAGUUGGAGGCAUUCCUACUUUUGGGGUUGGACCCGGGGGCUUUCCCGGCUAUGGUGUCGGAGUCGGAGGCGUCCCUGGAGUCGGAGUCGUCCCGGGAGCUGCCAUUUCCCCUGAAGCCCAGGCAGCAGCUGCCGCCAAAGCUGCUAAGUAUGGUGCUGGGGGCGCAGGAGUGCUGGGUGGGCUGGUGCCAGGUGCCGGAGUCGCCGUCCCUGGUGUGCCAGGAGUCGGAGGAGUGCCAGGAGUCGGGACCCCAGCAGCUGCCGCCGCCGCUAAAGCAGCCGCCAAAGCUGCCCAGUUUGUGGGCGUGGUUCCCGGAGUGGGUGUGGCUCCCGGAGUGGGCGUGGCUCCCGGAGUGGGCGUGGCUCCCGGAGUAGGUGUGGCUCCCGGAGUGGGCGUGGCUCCCGGAGUGGGCGUGGCUCCCGGAGUGGGCGUGGCUCCCGGAGUGGGCGUGGUACCUGGUGUGGGCAUCGGCCCUGGUGGAGUUAUAGCUGCAGCAAAAUCCGCUGCCAAGGCAGCUGCCAAAGCCCAGCUCCGAGCUGCAGCUGGGCUUGGUGUUGGCGUCCCUGGAUUUGGAGUUGGUGCUGGUGUGCCUGGACUUGGAGUUGGUGCUGGUGUGCCUGGCUUCGGGGCAGGUGAGGGUGAGGGAGCUUCUGGAACUAGGCAGAGCCUGCCCCCUGAGCUCAGGGAAGGCAAUCCCUCCUCCUCCCAGCACCUCCCCAGCACCCCCUCACCGGGGUUACCUGGACCCCUGGCCGCUGCUAAAGCAGCCAAAUAUGGAGCAGGAGUACCCGGGGCCCUUGGAGGGGUCGGGGCUCUCGGUGGUGUGGUGGGAGCCGGACCCGCUGCCGCUGCGGCUGCAGCCAAAGCCGCUGCCAAAGCUGCCCAGUUUGGCCUGCCGGGAGCUGCUGGACUCGGAGUUGGAGGGCUUGGAGUCGUCCCAGGUGUUGGGGGCCUUGGAGGUGUAUCUCCAGCUGUAGCCGCCAAAGCAGCUAAAUACGGUGCUGCUGGCCUUGGAGGUGUCCUAGGGGGUGCCGGGCAGUUCCCACUUGGAGGAGUGGCAGCAAGACCCGGCUUCGGACUGUCUCCCAUUUUCCCAGGUGGCGGCGCCGGGGGCUUGGGAGUUGGUGGAAAACCCCUCAAGCCCUAUGGAGGGGCCCUGGGAGCCCUGGGAUACCAAGCUGGGGCCUGCCUGGGGAAGGCUUGCGGCCGGAAGAGAAAAUGAGCUUCCCAGGACCCCUGACUCACGACCUCAUCAACGUUGGUGCUACUGCUUGGUGGAGAAUGUAAACCCUUUGUGACCCUAUCCCAUGCCCCUCCGACUCCCCACCCCAGGAGGGAACGGGCAGGCCGGGCGGCCUUGCAAAUCCACAGGGCAAGGAAAAAGAGGGGAGUGGCCAAGUGCCCCAACCAGGAGCCCCCACUUCAGAGGCAAGGGGCUCGUGGUCCUGGCCCCCGGCCCAUCCCUUCCCACCUAGGAGCUCCCCCUCCAUACAGCCUCCAUCUCCAGGGGAACUUGGUGCUACAUGCUGGUGCUCUUAUCUUCCUGGGGGGAGGGAGGAGGGAAGGGUGGCCCCUCGGAGAACCCCCUCCCCAGGGGCUCCUCUAAAGAUGGUGCAGACACUUCCUGGGCAGUCCCACCAGGACCCACCCUUGGCUGCCAUCCAGUUGGUACCCAAGCACCCGAAGCCUCAAAGCUGGAUUUGCUCGUAGCAUCCUCCCCUCCUCAGUCCACGUGGCCACAUCCUCCCCACGGAUCGCUGUUCCCCACAUCUGGGGUGCCUUUGGGUUGGAAAACCACCCCACACUGGGAAUUGCCACCUUGCUCUUGGAGAAUCCAUCCACCCAUCCGUCCAUUCGUCCAUCCGUCCAUCCACCCAUGUCCCCAGUUGACCGCCCGGCACCACUGGCUGGCUGGGUGCACCUGCCAUCAACCUGGCUGACCUGUCACGGCAGCCUGUGCCCUGCCUCCACCCCCAUCCGACACUCCCCAGGGCGUGCGGGGCUGUGCAGACUGGGGUGCCAGGCAUCUCCUUUUCACCCGAGGUGUCCCACAUGCAGUACUGUAUCCCCCAUCCCUCCCUCAGUCCACUGGACUUCAAAGCAGUUCCCACCCCUGCCCUGCCCAUCUUUUUGUGUCUCGCUGUGAUAGAUCAAUAAAUAUUUUAUUUUUUGUCCUGGAUAUUUGGGGAUUAUUUUUGAUUGUUGAUGUUCUCUUUUGGUUUUAUUUUUGUGGUUCAUUGAAAAAAAAGAGAAUUUUUUUUUUCUGAUCCAGGGAGCUGUAUCCUCAGUAGAAAAAUCAUUUUAAUCACUCUGAUAUAACUCUGGAUGAAACACAUCUUUUUUUUUUAAUAAGAAAAGAGAAUUAACUGCUUCAGAAAAGACUAAUAAAUGAAAACCUUUAAAGGAAA